CUGUCCAGAGUACAAAUGUGUUUGCAAAACAGGAGUAAGCACAUGUAUGCACAGGUCCAGAGAUCAGCUGCAUGUUUAAGUGGCCUGAUCAAAUGUGAGAGUCGGGCAGCCAAGUAAACCUGAAUAAAUGUAUUUAUUUGUUUGUUUCUAUUUUAGUGUAGCUUAAAAUGUAUUGUAGCUUAUCAGCUUCUUUGACCAUAACUUUACCUUAACUCUUUCUAAGCAAGUUACCUCCCACUGUCGGCUUCUCUGUGUUGACCUUUGUAUCUGUGCGAAGAAUGGAUAUGCAGUGUCAGAGUGGACAAGUCUGUAAGAGAUGUGAAACAGAAUGUGUUUCAAAUCAGAAGACCAUGUCAUCUCAUCUCAGUGGAUGCUCUUCAUUAAUGAGGAGUCUCUUCAACCUCCAGAUACCAUAAGAGGGUCACCAAUCAUUCUUUGAACGCUAACCUCCUAUCUCAUCUUCAAAUGGAGAUCCAAGGCAGAAGGCGAACUGUGCGCCCAGCAGGUCCCCCUGAUGGAGGCUAUGGCUGGUUUAUUGUGCUCUCCACCUUCCUUGUCUUUGGGCUAACAUUUGGUGUAAUCAAAUCCUUUGGUGUGUUCUUCGUAGAGAUCCAACACUACUUUGCUACCACGGCGACUGCUAGCUCAUGGAUCACAUCCAUUACUGUGGCAACUGUACAUUUUGGAGCACCCGUAGGCUCUGCGUUGAGCGCGUACUUCAGUCCCCGGCGCGUGGUGAUAGUGGGUGGUCUGCUGAGCAGCGUUGGGAUGGUGGCAGGGUCACACGCCCAGGAUCUGCUACAGCUGUACAUCACUGUGGGGUUUCUUACAGGAUUUGGCUAUGCCCUGACCUGGACCCCGACUGUCACCAUGCUGGGCUGGUACUUUGAAAAGCGCCGGCCUGUGGCCAACGCUCUAGCCAGCGCAGGAGAAUGCAUUCUGACCUUCAUCCUAACUCCAUCAUUCCAGUUCCUUGUUGACCAGUAUUCAUGGAGGGGAGCGAUGCUGAUCCUGGGAGCUCUACAGCUCAACCUUUGUUUGUGUGGAGCUCUACUGAGACCUCUCGACAGCCACGUUCCUCCUAAAGAGCUCACGGCAGAGGAGAAAGUGCUGUCUCAAGCUCACACAAGCUCUAAAGAAUUUACAAACGACAAACCAGACUCAAAACGACACCUAAAGACAAAAAUCAUCCGUUACGUGGACUACACCCUCAUUGCUAAUGUUCGCUUCAUGGUCUACUCGAUGUUUGGUGUCUUCGCCGCUCUCGGCUUCUUUGCUCCGUCACUGUUCCUGGUACCUUACGCCCGUAGCAAGGGAGUGGAGGAGUACCAAGCGGCCGCCCUCAUGUCCAUCUCUGCCGCCCUGGACCUCUUGGGUCGGUUGCUGUUUGGGUGGGUGGCUAAUCUGCGUUUGGUGGAGACAAUACAUCAGUUGUUGGUCACUGUGUUGAUGCUGGGCGUUGUUCUGCUGCUCUGCCCGCUAGCGGCCACCUUCACCCACCUAGCGCUCUUCAGUGCUGGCUAUGGAUUGGUGUUUGGAGCAACCGUGGCCAUUCACAUCACCGUACUUGCAGAAGUAGUUGGGGUGGAAAAGUUGGGAAGUGCUUUGGGUUUCUUCAUGCUCAUCCGUAGCAGUGGUGGCCUACUUGGACCACCGUUGGCAGGAAUCUUCAUUGAUGAAAUGAAUGACUAUAGCGCUGGAUUCCUAAUGGCGGGAGUGGCUCUUAUCGUCUCUGCCCUCUUUCUGCUUCUGCUGCAUCAAAUGAACAAGAAAGGGAAGCAUAAGGAAAGUGACAUUCCCUUGGAGAACGAGACUGAGAACGUGGAAAAGUGCAAUUCUGAAUUUAAAAAGUAAGAGGAGUUGUUGAGGCAGGGGGUUUUAAAUUCACUAUUGUGCAGUAUGAUGCAUGCAUGCUCCAGCACUCACGUUGUCAUGGUAAUGGUACCAUUAGAAAGUCAAUUGACAAUCUGUCCAUCAACUCUCACUCUUGAUGACUUUGAGUAACUAGAGCGUUCUCACAAGAAUGAACUUUUUGAUGGAUUAUGGGAAGUCUUCUCAAUGUGGCUAUAUAAUGAUGCCAUUGCAUGCAAUCAUAUUUCAUCAGAUCUAUCGCUGCGGUAAGUCAAAAAAAGGGACAGUGCCCUAAUGGAUUAAUGGAAGCUGACUCAGGGUUUAACCGCUGCUAAAUAUGAUGCAUUCAAUCACAGUAGCGGCUGAAAUUACUUAUCUAUAGCACCAUUAUGAAGCUGCAGGCAUUUUAUAGUGUCUUUUGGUUUUUCUAUCUAAAAUUGCACAAAAUCAAAUCUAAUUUGUUUUUGAGAUGUGUUUUGGAUAAACGUCCUAGCCGUGUGUCCUGAGGUCAAAGUAACACUAGCUACAGAAAACAUUCUCAAUGAUCUCCAUCUACUGGUGAUAACAGGGCAAUGCAGGUUGGAGGACUAAAACGGUUAUGAGCAGAGCUGGAAAUGGGGGGAAACGCAGGGGGGACAGAGUCCAAGGAGUGAAUUUAAGAAUUUCUUUUAUCGAUGACAUGGCCUCUAAAUGCAAUGCACAUUUCAUACAUAAAUAUAGUGGAAUAUAUAUAUGUUCCCAAUUUGAGUACUCCCAGUGAAUCUCUGCCAUUUCCACCACUAGUUAUAAGUCAUUUUAUUUUUAUAAGUGAAGAAAAAAAUCAAUAGCAUAAAACAAGAAAUGGGUAUAUUAGACUGAACUGUACGUUUUGUAAAACAUCAGACUUUCUUAAAUAAUAAUCUAUCGAAGAUAAACAUGUUUCCUCAGCAUUGUGCAUUUACCACAUCUUCCUAAGACAGACAACCACAUGAUUUUAUAAAGAUAUUGAGAUGAUGCUUUUGAGAUAGCAAAACGUUCAUAUGUUCAUCUUUCCCCUUUCAUACUGUGUGAUGUGAAUUUUCAAAGAUAAAUCUAUCUAGGAUAUCAAAGCAUAUUUCUGAUCCAGUCUUCUCUGGAAGCAAUAUCUCCUCCCAGCAUCUGCACUUUGAUGUUGUUGUAUGCAUGCUGGUCUGGAUCCUGCUAGAGACGUGACUUUCCAUAUGGGAUAUGCAUGUUACUUCCAAUAAAUCUCAAAAAGCAAACAUUCCACAAGACAAAGAGAGCGUUUUUGUAAACAUAAUAAAUUAAUCUCCUGCUUAUCUUGUCCAUAUGUAUUUGACAACAAAACACAAGCACAAAAACACAUGUGCAUAUACAGUAAUACCAUCAAAAGAGGCCUUUUAAGCCAUCAAAUGAGGGGUGUGAAAUCAAAGCUUCAAUCUGUCUGUACCCCAUUUAAGUCCUCCAGAAUCACAACAUGGGGACAACACAUGUUAUAGCUUCAAUACCUAAUCUAUGAAAUAUCAGGAUAAUGGGUUGACUACUGAGGGAUUGUCUGACAUGACAUGAUGGGUUUCAGAUUGUUUUGGAUUAUUGUAUGGUCUGUCUUUUAUAUGAGGGAAUACAUGUUUUUGCUACAUAAAUAAAAUUAUAUAGGUAUGCUUUUACACUUUUAAGUAUAAUUAUUAAAAGACCAAAUAUGUGAAUACUGUGUUUUCUAUGUAAACAAAAUAAU